GUCUUCUGCCUUUGCACUUGUGUAGUGUAGUGUAGUGUUGCCAGAUACAUCACACCAUAAACACACACACACACUCUCUCUCUCCUUUUCCUCAGGUUUUAUUGGAAAAGAAAAACCAACGUCUUGUCCCUUUCCAAGUGCCGUGAGUAAUAACCCAACUUUCUCCUCUCACCCUUCCUUUUCAUCAAUCCAUCAACAACACACCAUUUUCUUCACUCAUUCUAUUUUUCAAACCUACAACAAACCUGCAUGCUUUCCACUUUCCACACUAAGCUAGAUCUUUUUCUUGCUUUUCCACAACGUGUUUCGUUUUCUACAAUUUGACUAUUCAUGAGAGCUGGACUCAACUUUAGACCUACUUCCUUCACUGCAUAUAGUUGAUUGCCCUUGCUAGAUAGAGAUAUAUAUCAUGGAAGAUUUUUACAAGUUGAACCCUCUUCUGUCUUGCCCUGAGGAUGUUGUUAGAGAAGUCAACGUUACUGCUGCAUCUGAAUUAAAUCUAGGACUUGUGGCUAAUAACUUCCUUCACCUCCAACACCCCCAAACUUCGGAUCGCUUCAUCAAGACUCAGAUCUCUACUCACCCUCUCUUUCCAAAUCUAGUAUCUGCUUACAUAGACUGUCGGAAGGUUGGAGCACCACCAGAACUAGCUUCAAUUCUUGAAGAAAUAUCCUGUGAAAGACAUUCUACGGAUUCUGUUCGUGAGAUAGGUGAUGAUCCUGAGCUUGACGAGUUUAUGGAGUCAUACUGCGAAGUUCUUCAUAGAUACAAGCAGGAGUUGUCCAAGCCAUUCAAUGAAGCCACCUUGUUUUUAUGUAAUAUCGAAUCACAACUCAGCAAUCUCUGCAAGGGAACACUAACAAUGCCACUGGAGAACAAUCGCUCAGAUGAAGCAGCUGGGACAUCAGAGGAUGAAUUAAAUUGGGAGAAAGUGGAAGCAGUUGAAGGUUACGAAUCUUCUGCCCCACGUCCAGGUGAUCAAGAGCUUAAAGAAAUGCUCCUUCGUAAAUACGGUGGCUAUCUUAGCAGCUUGAGAAAGGAAUUUCUAAAAAAAAGGAAAAAGGGUAAGCUACCAAAGGAUGCAAGGAUGAUACUCAUGGACUGGUGGAACGCCCAUUAUAGAUGGCCUUAUCCUACGGAGGAGGAGAAAGUGCAACUAUCAGAAAUGACUGGACUUGAUCAAAAGCAGAUCAACAAUUGGUUCAUCAAUCAGAGGAAACGGCAUUGGAAACCAUCUGAGGACAUGCGAUUUGCCAUUAUGGAUGGUGUAAGUGGCAGCAACAUAGGACAAACUAUGUAAUUUAUUUCUGCACAUGCAUGAUUCUUGCAUUGCUAGUUGCUACUUGUAACUUUUUUUGGAGUGAUAUGAGUGUGUAUACUAUUCCGCAAGCAAGAUAUUAUUUUUUGGAACCUGCACUUGUAAGCUAAGUAGCUAGGUCCCUUCUUAUGCAAGAGUGUAAAAAUUGUAGCUAUAUAUAUAUAUGACAAUCAUAAUCUAUCAAUGUUCCUGAAUU